AUGUCAACUCAAGAGCGCCAGCUCUGUGAGUUUCUCAGAGAGCUCCCCGCGAGAUGGAACUACGAGUACGACGACCAAGCACACCACGACCUGUUGGAAAGUCUUUUCUGGUCUCUGGCAGGAGGCGAACGAUACAUGCCCCUCUUCUUCCCCUCCGGACGCCCUUCGCACAAUCACAAACUACAUGAUGCGCAGGGUGCAGAGGAAGGCGCCGAAUACACCGAAGCCGCCCGUGGCAAGCGAUGCGGCCAUAUCUUCAAGCCAGGAGAAGCCUCUUACUCCUGCAGAACCUGCAGUACCGAUGACACUUGCGUCCUCUGCAGCCGAUGCUUCGAUUCGACCGACCACGCCGGCCACAUGGUUCGCAUCAGCAUUUCCGUCGGCAACAGUGGUUGCUGCGACUGUGGUGACGACGAGGCCUGGCGGCUCCCCAUGUUCUGUACUAUCCACUCCGAGACGAACCCGGAGAAGGGCGAGGGUAAGGGAAAGGAACCGGUGGGUCUUCCCGAGGACCUGGUGCAGAACAUGCAAAUGACAAUCGGCCGUGUCUUUGACUACAUCUGCGACGUUAUAUCUUGCUCGCCAGAGCAGCUGCGCCAGGGAAAGACGGCCGAUUCUAUUCAAGCCGACGAAGAACUUUCGCGUCUGUCUCCAAGCAUCUACGGCGAAGGCCCCUCGGGGCAUCCGGAAUAUGCGCUGGUCCUCUGGAACGAUGAGAAGCACACGGUGGAGGACGUGCAGAAUCAGAUUGCGCGGGCUUGCAGAACAACAGAGGCUCAGGCUCUGGAGCGCGCUACCGAGACGGACCUAAUUGGCCGCAGCAUUUUGAAGCGGCUCGAUGACCUUGACGCUCUUCUUGAGAUGGCCACCAAAUUGGAGCAUAUCAAGGUCACCGUUACCAUUAGGUCAUCUCGUGAUACGUUCCGUGAGCAGAUGUGCGGAGCUAUGAUCGAGUGGCUCAGCGACAUAUCGGGUUGCAGUGUCGGAACAGACCACACUAUUCUGCGAAACACGGUCUGCCAGGAGAUGAUGAAACCUUGGAGGAAGGGCAGUCCUGGUAGUCAUGCCAUCGUGGGGAAGGAUGGCAUUUACGAUGAAGAGAGGUUCUUGAGAAAUCUCGAGCAGUCUCAGUCUUUCACGCAACAUGUCUUGUUACAAAUGCAGCGUAUAGCGGCUCAACAGCAGACAAGAGCCAUGGACGGAAGUGAUGAUGAGGAUAUCGACAUGGGCAGAGGCAACGGCACUCCGGAUAGUGACGCGGGCGACGAUGAUGAUGACGACGACAUGGACGACGACGACAUUAUGAUGGUGGAUGUUCGGGCUGAUGGGCCGGGGGAUAUCGGCCUCGAAUGGCGUGGCAACGAUCAAGCUUUGGAAGAAGAUGAAGCUACUAUGGCCGGUUAUCCGCCUCCUCCGCCCCCACCCGCAGCUGCACGCCGGUCCGCCAGAGAUCGUGAUCUGACGCCGUCGGAUUCCGACACUGCUGAACCCUUGAUUGCACCCGCAAUAUACGCCAAGGCCAACUUGGAAAUCCCCAAAACACCUGGCCAGGGUGAGAAGGCGCCCUCGCCGAAGCCAGGUAGGUACUGGCUUGAAACUCCUCCCGGGUACAUGAACCGUGAGAACGUUCCCCCGGCGGAAGACGUCUUCCAAAGGGUUCGUCUCGAUUGGCUCAUUCUCUUCGACCUUCGCAUGUGGAAGAAAGUACGCAACGACCUUCGAUCCCUCUACAUUUCGACUGUUGUUUCUAUACCCGAAUUCAAGCGCAUAUUAGGCCUGCGAUUUGCCGGAUUGUACACAACACUGGCUCAACUCUACCUGAUUGGAGAUAGAGAGCCAGAUCACUCCAUCAUCAACUUGUCUCUUCAGAUGCUCACGGCACCGUCGAUUACUGCAGAGAUUGUGGAACGCGGCAAUUUCAUGACGAGCUUGCUCGCCAUCUUCUAUACGUUCCUCACCACUAGACAGGUGGGUUACCCAUGGGAUGUCUCGUCCAAUGCUGUCCUCGCAUUCGAUUCCGGUUCAGUGACGAAUCGGCGCAUGUACCACUUCUAUCUGGAUUUGAAGUAUCUUUUCGGCUCGCCAAAUGUACAGGAGAAGCUGCGCACCGAGGAGAGAUAUCUCUUACAAUUUCUGGACCUUGUGAAGCUACACCAAGGAAUUGGGCCAAACGUCCGUGCUAUUGGGGAGCAUGUCGAAUACGAAACGGACAGCUGGAUAACGGCCUCGCUGGUGACACGCGAAAUCAACAGACUCUCUCGACAGCUUGCAGACGCGUACAGGAAUGUGCCGGAUAACGAGGCCCACUUUGUCGCCCAGGCCAUCAGAUUGACAGCAAAGGCUGUUAUUCUUCAUUCUAUUGGUGCCGAACGCCAUCGGUUCAAGCAGGCGGAGAUAAAGGAAGAGGUCAAGUUCAAAACUCUUGGCGAUUUCGAGUUUGACAAUGAGUCAGCGCGGUACGAGGUCGUGAAGUUUACCGUUGAGGAGGACCCCAUUAGCUUCCACCAUGCCCUCCACUACACGCUCUCAUGGUUGGUAGAGUGCGGGAAGUCUCUCCCUGCCUCGAGCAUGCGAGCUCUAUUGAGCUUCACAACGCAAGACCUGAGAGUUCCUCCCCGCUCCAUGGGCCGCAAGGUCAUGCCAAGAAGGGACAAUUCGCCGGAAGAUAAUCUCAUGGCUGCGUUCGAUUACCCCCUUCGAGUUUGCGCUUGGUUGGCGCAGAUAAAGGCGAACAUGUGGGUUCGCAAUGGCAUUAGUCUGCGUCACCAGGCGGCGACAUAUCGUGGAGUCAGCCAAAGAGAUGUUUCGCACCAUCGAGAUAUCUUUUUGCUCCAGACUGCCAUGGUUACCGCUGAUCCUAGCCGCGUCCUCGCAUCCAUUAUUGAUCGAUUCGGCAUGGAGAAAUGGGUCAAGGGCUUUUUUGAACAAAAAUCGGCGGCACAAGACGAUGCGCAACAUUUGGACGUGGUUGAAGACAUGAUUCACCUCUUGAUCGUGUUGCUGAGUGAUCGCACAUCAUUGAUUGCCUCCGAGGACGAGCCCAACGCUAAUGUUCUCGCCAUUCGCCGCGAUCUCACCCACAUCCUAUGCUUCAAGCCCCUCUCGUUCAACGAAAUCAGCAACAAGCUGCCCGAGAAGUGGCAGGAGCAAGAAGAUUUCCAUCGUGUGCUUGAUGAAAUGGCUUCAUUCAAGCCUCCAGAGGGUGUCUCCGACGUCGGCACUUUUGAGUUGCGACCCGAGUUCGUUGAGCACAUUGAUCCUUACAUUGCCCACUAUAAUAAGAAUCAGCGUGAGGAGUCCGAGUUGGCCUACCGCAAGAAGAUGGCCAUCAAGACUGGGAAGCCGGUCGAAGAAAUUGUGUACGAGCCCAAACUUCGAUCUAUUCCCUCGGGACUCUUCAAAGAUCUCGCUGCAUUCACCAGCACCGGCAUGUUUGCCCAGGUCAUCUACUACUCCUUGCUCUAUCCGCUAGUUGCCGCCAGACUUACGCCAAGUGUACCAUCUACUCGGACUGAGACUUUCCUCCAGGUCGUCCUCCACCUGAUUCUGAUUGCAAUUUCCGAGGACAAGGCGGACGAGAGUGACAUGACGGAGGAAUCACUCAACUCAUUUGUCUUUAUUUCUCUGACACGCACAGCCCGAAGCAACUUCAUGCAAGAAGCGCCGAAUGCGAAGACCAUCGUCGCGUUGCUGGACAUGAUGUCUACCAAGGAAGAGUUCAAGGCAUGCCAUCCCAAGAUUGCUCUCAUCUUGAAGCGGAUGCGACAAAAGCGCCCGCGCAACUUCGAGAACGCCUAUGUCCGGCUGGGCGUAUCGGUUGACCGCAUCGACACUGCAUCUCCAGCGAACAACUCUGCAGAGGAAGAGCGCGAGCGCAAGAAGAAGGCCGCGCUCAGUCGGCAGGCCAAGGUCAUGGCCCAGUUCCAGCAGCAACAGAAGAGCUUUCUGGAAAAUCAGGGCAACAUUGACUGGGGCUCAGAUCUCGAAGAUGAGGAAGAGGCCGAGCAGAAUGCUGACCGGAAGAACAAUUGGAAAUAUCCCACUGGCACCUGCAUUCUGUGUCAAGAAGAUACGGAUGAUCGCCGUCUUUACGGAACUUUUGCUCUCUUCAACGAGAGUCACAUUCUGCGACAGACGGAUUUGCAGGAUCCUGAUUUCGUGAGAGAAGCCUUCCACACACCAUCCAGCCUGGAUCGCUCUGCAGAAGAUAUCCGGCCGUUCGGGGUUGCUCACGAGAAUCGACAAGAGGUCACAAAGGUCAACGCUCAAGGUGAGAAAUUCGUUGCGGAACGUCAAACAAUCGGCAAGGGAUUCCCAUCUAAUCUCUCACGACCCGGACCGGUCUCAACUGGUUGCGGCCACAUGAUGCACUACAGCUGCUUCGAAAUGUACUUUGAUGCGACAAACCGGCGACACCAUCACCAAAUUGCCAGACAUCAUCCCGAGAACCUUAGAAGACAGGAGUUUGUCUGUCCGCUAUGCAAAGCUCUAGGAAACGCAUUCUUGCCUAUCAUCUGGAAGGGGCAAGAAGAGUGCUUCCCAGGGCCCCUCCAAUCCCAACGCAUCUUUACAGACUUCCUAGACGCUCAAAUGCGAUCCGCUUACUACGUCCUUGGCGCGAAUCGCCCGCUCGACCAAAUUCAGGCAGGUUUCGCCAACUAUACCGCAGGACAAGUCACAGGUUCACUGGCAGAGAAGGCAUCUCAGCUACUCGAAGAAGCAUGGUCGGCUGAUGAGUCGGGCCUGGAUUCUGUGAUUGUCAAUACGCCACUGACAUCUGUAUUCCCGGCAGCCAGCACGCCGGUCUCCAACCGUCGUUCUGUGCAGAGUGACGGCUCAACUCUCAUGACCGAAUUGGCCAAGGUGUACCGUCGUCUUCGCGACACUGUACGGUCUAAUAACUUUGAGACUUGCCACGAAAGGCUCAUCAUCGAGCUGCGAGAAAAGAACGAGCUGUGCCACAGCGAUGUUCUGGCUAAACUGGUUGGGUACUCGACCUCGGCUGCAGAGAUCCAGCAGCGUGGUACCGAAGCCCAGUACGGUAUGACGCUCCUGGAGAAGAUUCCCGAGCAGAGCUUGACGCACCUGCGCAUCUUGGCAGAGACAGCUACUGCGUACAGGGCCGUCGGUGGUCUCAAGGCUGGCGGAGACAACUGGAUCGACGAAGAAUUCCGCCUGGAUAGCGAGCAGCAACACGUUCAGCUCUUCGUCUCGCAGUACUUUGGACAGGAGACGGAACACGUCAGACGUCCCAUUGACAUUUACCCGCCGUUACUUGGCCAGGAUGCCUUCAUCUUCUUCACCGAGUGUGUGUUUGGUGUCAUACCCGCUCAGAACUUUGACGUCACACAUAUCUUGAGACUUUGUUAUCUUGCGGAGAUUGUCAAAAUUGUCUACCACAUGGGACGCAAUAUUCCGGUAUCCACUUGGGUUAACCAUCUCCUCAACAGCGGAACGCAAGACCCGGCACUGAAGAACUUUGCUGAGUUCUGCCUUGCAAUUACCAAGACUGGCAUGGAGAUCAACGUAUCGCACCAUGAGAUGCCAGCGGAUCUUGGCGAGAACCGCGGCUUCGGUCAGCCGGAGUUGGACAACCUCGAGGGCUACUACACGUUUGUCAAGAAAUAUGCUCUGACUUUCCUCAGGAAGAGCGUCAUUCUUCUGUACAUCAAGUAUGGGGUGGAUUUCAACAGUCAUGUUUCUCCCCAGCCAGACGCGGACGAGUUAGACCGCCUCACGGAAGUACUUCGGGUACCAACCUUUGACGAGAUGUGUGCCGCCAUCACCGACCACGGCCCCACUUGCGGUUGGCCUGCUUCGACGACGAGUCUGGUCAGCGGAUGGAUUAGACAUCAGAUCAUGUGGCCAGGCGACGCCGAUCGCAAGCUCCCGAAAUCUGCGCUCAUCAGUCACCCGGGCAUCUUCGAGCUGGUGGGACUGCCGAAGAACUAUGAUGCUCUUAUCGAGGAGGCCACUCGACGCAAGUGUCCGACAACAGGAAAGGACGUCUCGGAUCCUAUGAUUUGCCUGCUCUGUGGAGAGGUCUUUUGUGGCCAAGCAGUCUGCUGUCUCAAGGAGGAGACGUCAUCUGGUGAUCGUGAGCCGCAGAGGAUUGGCGGAUCGCAACAACACAUGCGAAAGUGUCAGGGGAACAUUGGCCUCUUCCUCAAUAUCCGCAAGUGCUGCAUCUUUUACUUGUUCCGGUUAUCGGGAUCCUUCAGCAGCGCGCCUUACAUUGACAAGUACGGCGAGACGGAUCUGGGCCUACGCCACGGUCGCCAGCUAUUUUUGAACCAGAGGCGGUACGACUCCAUGCUGAGGACCACGUUCCUGAGUCACGGCAUUCCGAGCUUCAUUAGUCGUAAGCUGGAGGCGGAGAUUAACAAUGGUGGUUGGGAGACGAUUUGA